GCCGCAGUCUGCUGGCACUCACUGGGUGACACACAAACCAAGACGCUCCAUCGAACUAUUUCUCAGAAUCAGACUCAGUGGCAACAGUGUCCCAUCAGACUCAGACCGGUAGCGACGUUACGGCUCUCUCAUCGCGCGAACAAGUGAGAUCAGUCAUUAGGUGUAUCAUUACUUUGUGCCGGAAGGAUUUUGCGAGCUGACUCCAUUUCGUUAACAUUCAAAAGUCUGAAGUCAUAUAUCAAGAAAGAAUUAAAAACACAAGGAGAAGUAAAAUGCUUAAAGAAGCAAUUCUUUGGCUUCCAUCAACGCUCUGGGCGGGAAUGUCCCGAUAUACAGUACUAUUUUCCAUAACUUUAAUUGUGCUGUACAUCAUACACUGGGUCAGAGAGAGACGCUACAAACACACACUAUUCACGCGUCUGGGGAUCCCUUUUGUAAAGCCCCAUCCCCUUUUUGGCAGCAUGCAUACUCUCCAUAGUGGCACUCUUGCCACUGACAUCAUGGAAGACUGGAUAAAAGAGCACGGGAAAGUAUUCGGCUUUUAUAUUGGCGAAAAACCGAACGUGGUCAUAGCCGAUCUCGAUCUAAUAAAACAAGUCCUCAUUAAAGAUUUCCACAAGUUUUCGAAUAGGCCUAAGCUCCCCAUCGAAGCUCAGCCAGUGGUGGACACAAUCGUGGGCCUUCGAGAUCAGCGCUGGAAAGACGUUCGGUCGAUCUUGGCCCCAACAUUUUCCAUGAUGAAGAUGAAGCCAAUGACUGGUAUAAUGAAUAAGAGAGUAGACGAGUUCUUACAGAUCGUCUCUGAGGCCAGUUCGAAAAACGAGCCGCUGGAUUGGUACAGCAUUUUCCAGGGACUGACACUGGAUGUGAUAAGUGAAUGUGCCUUAGCCAUGAAGACCAAUUGCCAGAGGGAUCAGAACAACGACGAACUGUUCGUCGCUGUUCGCGGCUUUCUGAAGAACGCCAUGAAUCCAGCCAUAUUCUUAGCAGUGUAUUUCAAUGCCUUUGCCAAGUUUUUCUCCUUCAUAAGCAAUCAGUUAUCUCUCUCUGGGAGAAUGACCAACAUGAUAGUGUCCCACCUAAAAACCGUCAUAAGAAUAAGAAGAAAAGACAUGUCCAAGAAGUACAUCGAUGUGCUGCAACUGAUGCUCGACGCUGCUGAGGAACAGAACGUCAGUGAUGAUUUCCAAGAUGAAGCGUCUGAUGACGACCCUGUCAAACAAAAGGCAACGAGGAAGCAGCUCACGGAUGCCGAAAUCAUAGCCAAUGCCUGGGUGUUCUUACUCGGGGGCUUUGAAACGACAGCCAACUCGCUGACGUCUGCAGCCUAUUUGCUAGCUUGCAAUCCAGAUGCGCAAGAAAAGCUUUACAAGGAACUUUCUAAUGUCAUUGAGGACGGAAAUCAGCACCUCAGUUAUGAGACGGUCAACAGCCUGACUUACCUGGACCAAGUGCUUUCAGAGACCCUGAGGAUCUACCCGCCUGUGGUCUCGUUCAUUAGCAGGGACACUGCCGACGAUACUAUGCUGGGUGGCUACUUCAUUCCAAGCGAUACGAACAUCGUCAUUCCGCUGUGGCACAUCCACCACAAUCCGGAUCUUUGGCCCGACCCUGAAAUGUUCGAUCCUGACAGGUUUUCUUCCGAGACGAAAGCCUCGGAAAGCCGGCACCCAAUGUCAUACAUCCCUUUCGGUGCUGGACCUCGAAGCUGUGUUGGAAUUCGAUUUGCACAGCUGGAGGCCAAAUUAGCCCUAGCCAGACUCGUCCGCUGUUUCAAACUUGAGACGUGUGAGGAAACCGCCAUACCCAUGAAGUUCGAAAUGCCCACCGUGACCCAUAUACCCACGAAGGGCGUCAUGCUCAAGGCCACGCCAAGGCAAUAGGUAGGGGAUCUCGAGAAGUUUCUGAAACGGACAGCAGUUUCAGGUUGAACUUACACGAUGUCAAGUAUCCCCUUAUUUGUGUAGCAUUCAAUGCUGUGAUUGAGGAAAGUAACAAAGUUACUAACAGAAAAUAUUUUUUUAAUAAUGCAGCUUAAUAUUCAAUAUCUAAUAAAAGUCGUGAGGUCAAAAUCGUGUCAUUUUCUCUGCAGUAGCCUUUUUAUCAUCACACGACUGGCUGUCAUUAUGCGAUUCUAAUGACAAAAUAAUGCAAAACACACACAUGCACACUUUUAAGACGUUUUCAAGGUAAAAGAAGGUUGGUUACCUUGAAAAAAACCUAAAUCUGACUUUACAGCCUAUGUACCGUCUUUGUCAACUAAGCAUUUUCGUAUUACUUCCCGAUAACUAUGAGAAAUGGGAGUGAAUAUGUUACUUGAUGAAAAUGUUUUAGGUGUUAUCAUUAUUGGAUUAUAACAAGCACUUACUAGUAAA